UAGGAUUCUGGGCCAAGCUUAGACAGAGUCGGGCUGCUGCCGAGCACCCUGGAGCGGGAGGAGCCUGAGGAGGGAGAGGCAGCGCCAAGCAGCCAGGAGUUGGAGUCAGACCAGGAGCUUGAACCGGACUUGGAGUCCAAGUUGCUUUUGCUAAAGCGGCAACAACUAAAGAAGUUGAAAAGAUGCUGGUUAUUUUGGGACUGCUCACCUCCCUCCUUUCUUUCCUGUACUUCAGAGCUCCAUCCAUCAGGAAGUUCUUUGCUGGUGGGGUUUGUAGAUCAAAUGUGCAGCUUCCCGGGAAGGUAGUGGUGAUCACCGGCGCCAACACGGGCAUCGGCAAGGAGACGGCCAGAGAGCUGGCUCGCAGAGGAGCCAGAGUAUACAUUGCCUGCCGAGAUGUACUGAAGGGGGAGUCUGCAGCCAGUGAAAUCCGAGCUGAUACAAAGAACUCCCAGGUGCUGGUGCGGAAACUGGACCUAUCUGAUACCAAAUCCAUCCGAGGCUUUGCUGAGCGCUUUCUGGCAGAGGAAAAGCAGCUCCAUAUUCUGAUCAACAAUGCAGGGGUGAUGAUGUGUCCAUAUUCUAAGACAGCUGAUGGCUUUGAAACCCACUUGGGAGUCAAUCACCUAGGUCACUUUCUUCUCACCCACUUGCUCCUGGAGCGGCUGAAGGAGUCCACCCCUUCACGGGUGGUAAACCUGUCAUCACUGCUUCACCAUGCUGGCAAGAUUCGCUUCCAUGACCUCCAGGGUGAGAAGCGCUACAGCCGAGGUUUGGCUUAUUGCCACAGCAAGCUGGCCAAUGUGCUUUUUACACGUGAGCUGGCCAAGAGGCUCCAAGGCACGGGGGUCACCACCUACGCUGUGCACCCAGGCGUCGUCAGCUCUGAGAUAGUCCGACACUCCUUCCUGCUGUGCCUGCUCUGGAGGAUCUUCUCCCCCUUCGUCAAGUCGGCAUGGGAGGGGGCGCAGACCAGCCUGCACUGCGCCCUGGCUGAGGGCCUGGAGCCGCUGAGUGGCAAGUACUUCAGUGACUGCAAGAAGGCCUGGGUGUCUCCAAAGGCUCGAGAUAACAAAACGGCUGAGCGCUUGUGGAAUGUCAGCUGUGAGCUUCUAGGAAUCCAAUGGGAGUAG